UUUUUAUUGGCAACACUGCUUCAAUUUCAAAUGAUAUUGAUUAAGUUGUUUGUCGUGAGUUAAUGAAAUAGUUUUUCAAGUAAAAUACAAAGAUAAUAACCAUGACUGUGUUUGCAAAGGGUUGUUUACUUCCGAAUAAAAAUGAAAUUGCCAAAUUGCCGUUGGUUGAAGAAGUCGCAUGCCCCGACGCUAAAGUAGAGUUGCCGCCGCUAUCGGAGACCCCGGAGCCGCAAUGUCACCAAGUACCCGGCCCGUUGCGCCGCUGCUGCACCAUGUUAUUCCAUCUGAUGAACAUAUCCUUGCUGCUCUUCCUGUUUGUGGCCAUGAGCGUUCUCAUUUAUCGCCAGUAUGUCAAGAGCACCUCCGUCCGCCACUACCAGGGCUACUGCACCAUCCCUGAUAUGAAGAAUCAGAGGUACCUGAUUGAGCCUAACUCGUUCUUGCUGGUGAGCUGGUCCCCGGAGCCGGUCGAGGUGAGCUCCGACGACGCCGUCAGCGCCGAGCGCCUGUCUGGGAUGCUGCGCGAGCAGUUCGAUAUCGACAGCGAAGCCAUGAUGGAGAAGAUCUCCGUCUUUAACAACGGACACCUAGUCAACUUUAUACAUGACUUCAACAAUAAUAUGACUAGCAUCGUGGACGAGGAGCGCUGCUUCAUCCUGGAUCUGGACCUGGAGCGCGUGCUGCAGCCGGAGGCGCUCAUCGCCCGCAUCGCGCGCGGCGGCGCUGCGGACGUCGCCCGAGUGCGCUCGCAGCUGCGUGCAGACCUGCCCGACCUCGCGCUGCCCGCCUCGCUGCCCGACCUCGCCCUGCCCGCCGCCUGCCGCGCGCGCCCCACCUACCGCCUGCUGCCCGACCGCGACCGACAAGUGCGCAAGCGCGCGGCGGAGGGCGGCGAGCGGGGCGCGGGGCGGGGCGCGGCGCAGUACGUGCACUUCUCCGGCAAGGCCGUGCACGAGAUCGACAUCCGCAACCUGCCGCAGCUGCUGCAGCGCGAGCGCCGCCGCACGCACCCCGCCCCGCACACCGCCCCGCACCCCACAGACAACUAGCUCGCCCCGCGCGCACCGCACACCUCUAUACUCAAUGUUACAGCUCGUUACAACGUUGACGUUGACGUUGACAAACGUUAUAGUAACGCACUCCUGCGCUUAUUCCUAAAGAAAAAUCUCAAUGAUUUCGAUUACAUGAGACAGUUCAAAUUUGUAAAGAUAACAAUUGCCAAAGAAUAACCAUUUAAUAUUAAAAAUAAAUGUAUCGGUAUGAAUUAGAAUAAUCUGAACGGAACUCGUUUAUCGAAUUGUAGUAAUUUCACAUUCCAAAUGCUCUUGUCCACAGAAGUGGCUAUUACAUUUAGAGAAUAAAUAUUAAAUAUUCUUAUUAAUAUAUUUAGAUGAUUCCAAAUCGAUAACUUUUGUGUAAAAUUGCCUAUUUAGCGUAGACUUCUCUAACAUAAAUUAAUCUAAACUAAAUUAUCGAUGUCACGUUCAAGGUCACUUGUCUAGUCACGAGUAAAUCGACUCAAUAGAGUUGCAGAUCAGAUCACGGUUUGUGUAGCAGAUCAGUUAGCCGACUCAGCUCAAUCUGUACCUGUAGAUUUUACUGCUGUGAAUCACGUCUUUUCCGUCUCUCUAACAAAUGAUAUUAGAACCAAAACGUUAUACUACAUCGUAUUGAGCCAUGACUCAACUAUUCAAGUAUACAGAACUUUUGAGUCGAUUUAAAGCUGAUUAACAAAUCUAUAUGUCUGUUAAAAUAUUUGAUCUCAAAUUCUUGUCGAAUAAAUUUAAUAUUUCUAACGUACAGUCGCGGAAAACCGCGGUGUUACAUUUAAGAAAAAUUUCCUUGUUCAGACUAAUUAGCAAUGAGUGCAAAAGAAGGAUUAAUAAAAAAUAAACUAGCCGUGCCACUAACCGACGUUUUUCGUACAGACACAUUUAUAAGCUGCGUUGUAUUGGGUUUUGUUACGCGUACCAUUUCAAAAUGUUCCAAAGAUUGUAACUUUGAUGUGGAACACCGCCAGUAUCCCCGACUGUACAUUUAAGUGCCAUUGUUUUGCAUUUAUAUAUUUGUAUUGUGUUGUUGAAUUUAAUUCAACUUUAAUAAAAUAAGCACAAUGUUAAUUUUACUAAGUUCCUUAAAUUUACUUUAAAAUGUUGGUGCCAUAUGAUUUUUGAUAAACAAUUAUUUCGAAUUUAGUUGAAGCGCUUGAACCUAGCUUUAAGAAUACAUUUAAUAUCUGAAUCUGUUUUCUGUAGAUUUAGAUGAAAUAAAGCGUAUCCUCAAA